AUGGCGGAUUCUUUCUCUUUGCCAUCUGAGGCCUCCUUCUCCUCGGAAGCGGAUGAUCAAGACCUUCAACAAAUGAACUUCCUCCCCGACGAGCAUGAUAUCAGCGGCUCACAUUUCUUCUCAUCCGGGGCAUCCGCAUAUUGCUACGCCGAUCAGUCUUUUUCAACACUCCGCUCAGACCCGGAACUGAGUCUGCCUGAAAUUCUCUCAUUUACGCAACAUCCUCCCGCAACCGUGUAUCAAUCUCUACAUCCGUCAUCGGAUUGUACCAUUAGGUAUAUUUGGCAAUCGUCCAAUUUUGUUUCGUCGCGCUCCUCUGGAUAUGGAUCGGGCCCCGUCAUGGAUUUGAAUGCGUUGUUCAUAAACAAGGCGGCGGCAAACGUCUCGCCUUAUGCGACAGUACCAGCCGCUAUAGAGCCUGCCUCCCGCUUCACCGCCCCCAACUUGCACUCACCGGCCCCAGAUCCAGUAUCUCCGAUGGACCGCUCUUUCUUGAACCCAAUCGAACGAGGCACUCUCAUCUUCCAGCGCAAAUACAAACAUCCAACGAAGGCAGGUAGGACCCGCUAUGGAGUUCCACCAGACCGUAGUUUGAAUACUGUGGAGUUCAAUUCCACUCAAUUGAAUACCAACAUCACUUUCGCCGGAGUUCUUCUGCAGACGGCAUCGAAGGGUCACCUGACAGAAGUCUUGCUUGAUCCUAACGCCACUGUUCUGGAGAGCCAGGGUGUGAACAUUACUGUGCAUCUUUCGGUACCAGGAUACGAUCUCUACUCGCAAACAUUGCGAACCAAGACUUGGGCAAACCCGCCGCAGCCGAUUUCCCGUGGCGAGCUUGCUAAGCGCCUCACAAAGAUAAUUAAGUCGUUCAUUCAGAAGGCGACGUCAAACUCUUCGCUUCGCCAGUCCACCUCAUCAAACUCGCGAUCGGGUUCUGGAGACCCUUUGUAUCAUCCCAUAAAUCUGUCGGCCGACACGAUAUUUCUCCGUGCGUUCUAUCCUGUCACCAAGGGAGGGUGGCAGAUAGAGUUGGCGACCGUCUAA